CUACCCCUGCAUUUCCAGGACUGCAUUCUCCCACCACUGCCCGUACUCCAACCAGGCAGGGGGUUUCCGGGGGUCUGUGAAAAGCUUUUAGGUUUUAGGUUUUAGUUCUCCCCUCCGAGAACUCUGAGGGGGUCCGCCUCCGCGGUCGCAAAGGCAAGGACAGGGCCAGGGACACCGACCGGCCAGAUUGGUUGAUUGGGCACAAGACGCGAUGGUCCAGCCCCCUGGUUGCCAAGGCUCAGCCUAUCUGCGUCCAGGCGGGCCUUGGUUGCCAGGUGGUUGGGGUGGGGGCCCCGGCAGGUGUGGGUCUGUGGCAGGAGGUGGGGAGGAAGCUUAGGCCAGGUCGGGGACCUCAAGGGAUUUCCCCUAAAGCUCCUCUGUUUGGGUGCCUGGGGUCCUUAGGCGCAGCCUCAGAGAAGCCACCCCUCCCUCCUACGCGCGCUCCCCUCUACUCGGCGCGCUCCCGCCUCCGCCUCCCGGGUCUGCAUCCAGCGCCUUCCCUUCUCCCUUGCCCGCAGCCGAGGGGCGGGCCCGCUUCCCCGCGCCGCCGCCCACUCCCCCUCGCUUGCCCUUCGCUCGCGGCCCACCGCUGAGCUCCCACCCGGCCCCACCCCAGGCUACCCAGCGUGGAGCGGCGGGAGGCCGGAGCCCGAGGUGCGGGAUGGACAAGAGGGACAAGACCAGGGCAGGGGCAGCCGGGCGGACCCCCACUUCUCGCUCUCCCAGCCUUCAGAUCCCCCGGCCCCCAGGGUCUCCAAGGCCCCCUCCCCCAGUAACCAGCGCGGCUCUCCGAGUUCUGGGAGCAGCGGGAGCUGCAGGGCGAGGGCCCCUGGCAGAGCGAGCCGGGGACAGCCGGGGAGCAGCUCUCCCGGAGGCUACUCCCCGGGUGGGAUCUACGCGGAGUGCUGGGACAGGCCCCCGGAGCGCAGCCGCCAGGCCCCCAGCGGCUGGGAGAGGGGAACGCACGCCUGCCAAGACCACAGGCCCAGGCUGUAUCUCUAGCCCGGGGCGUGCCAGCGGGCCCACCAGGCAAGGCCCUCUUGGUCAGAAGGGGCUUCGGCUCCCAUCUGAGGAACCCGUGGCCAAAGGAAAAGCCCCAGAAGCUCCCAGAAGGAGUGUCCUGAGUUCCGGGGCACGAAGAGACUCUUCCGAGUCCACCCCAGGCGCCCCCUCCCCAGCCAUCUCCCGUCGGUCACGGGCUGCGGGUACUGAGGUUGGUGUACCUCGGGUAGCUCCGAGUGCCCGGCAGCGGCCCUCGACCGAGGUUUCCAGGAAAUCAGUGAGCAGCGCCCCUGAGCGCAGCACAGCAGAGCCGAGCUCUGCCGCCAGGAGGCGACCCAGCGCCGGCGUGGGCCUCCAGAGGCCAACCUCGCGCCCCCUGGGCUCCAGCGGCACCCCUCUUUCCUCCCCAUCUCGCUCCGGGGCCUCGUUGGCUGGAACACCCCGGACUCUGGGGCAUCCCUCCCAGCCCAAGGCGAAAGGACUGCAAGCUCAGCGUCCCCCGCAGGCCACACCGCCAAGGAAGGGCGCACCCCCUGUGCGGGACCUUUCUCCUCCUUUGGCCACAUCUUUUCUGCCCUGUCCUACUGCACCGCCUCCCCAUGUCCCAGAGACUCCCCUAAGGGACUCUCUUCCUCCGUCUCCACCGACCACCCCUCCUCCCCAGGCUCUUAGCUGUCCUUUGGCCACGCCCCCUCCACUAGCCCCUCCUUCCCUCUCGGCUCCACUGACUUUGCAGGCCCUCCCCUCUCCGCCGGCCACACCCCCCUUGCAAGCUCCGCCCACACACCUGAAUACAUCUUUUCCCGAGGCAUCUGCCUCUUCCUUGGCCAUGGCCAAUUUUCUGGCUUCAAAUUCUCCAUCAGUUUCACCGUCUCUGCUGAGUAUGUCCCCCACCCAGGCUUCUUUGGCUUUAACCCCUCUUCCGGCUCUCCCUUCUCCCUUGGCCACACAUCCUUUGGCGAGCCCUCUACCACCAGCCACUGCCCCUCUACAAGCCCCUGUUCCUCAAGCAACAUCUCUGAGGAACCCGCCCUCUCCCCUAGCCACACGCCAUCUGCAGGCGCCCUCCCCUCUGACCACGCCCCCUCCGCAGACCAGUCCUUCCGUGUCUCCACCUUCUCUUCAGGCCACACCCUGUACACUGCCUCCCACAAAGGACCCUCCCCUGGCCUUAUCCCCUCUACAGGCCUCUCCCUCUCUGACCACACUCUCUCUGCAGGGUUCUCCUUUAGGAGCGCCCUCUCCCUUGGCCACGCCCCCGCUACAGAUCCCACCUCCUCUAGACACGCCCCUUCGACUGGCCACUCCUCCUACACAGAUACCAUCUGGGGCCUCACCACCUCUACAGGCCCCUCCAUCCUCACUGGCCGUGCCCCCUCCACACACUCCACCUCUGACCACGCCCUCUCUACCACCCUCUCCCUCUCAGAUCCUGCCCACUUUGCAGGCUCCACCUUCUCUGGUCUUGACCCCUCUUCAGGCCCCUCCCUCUCCCCCUACUUCACCCCUUCUGCAAGACCCUCUCUCUCCCCUGGCCACAUCUCCUCUGCAAGCUCCACCUUCUUUGGCCUCGCCCCCUCUUCAGGCCCUUCCCUCUCUUGAUUCACCCCCUCUGCAAGACCCUCCUUCUCUGGCCACGCCCCCUCUGCAGGUUCCACCUUCCCUGGCCUUGCCCUCUUUGCAGGCCUCUCCCUCUCCCCCUGCCUCACCCCCUCCGCAGGCCCCACGCCGACCCCCGACCCCAGGUCCCGAUGCCCCAAUCCCGGGCCCACGGCUGACCCUGGCGCUGGCCCCCGGCCCGCCGCCGCCGCCUUCCACGGGGGGCGCCCGCACUGCGCUCAGCGACGCCGAACUAGGCCGCUGGGCCGAACUGUUGUCUCCCCUGGACGAGUCCCGCGCCAGCAUCACGUCGGUCACCAGCUUCUCCCCGGACGACGUGGCCUCUCCGCAGGGUGACUGGACCGUGGUAGAGGUGGAGACCUUCCACUGAGCCAGACCCUCAGGUUACACCUCUUUGUCUUAGAUCUCUCCCUCUCCUCUCUUGGAGUCCCCCUCCCAGUGGAUUGGUCUCAGCCCGCUAGAGCCCUAGAAUUUUGGUCCACCCUUGCGACUCACCCACAUCUUUGGCCAAAAGCCCUCCCCUCAAGCCCUGCCCCUCCCUCGGCCUAGGCCCUACGGGUGUCCAGUGUUUUGUCUACCACGCGCAGCCCUAGUUUCCAAUAAAGCUGGAAAACUGAA